AUGAGCAGCAACUGGAUUCUCUCUUCUCUGAUGCCCUGCACAGUGUUCUUUCUACCGUAUCACACUGGCUCUGAUGUCCUCUUUCAGCAUCUGCAGGAACCUUGUGUCCUGACCUACGUGGACACUGCUGCACUUUUACCUCGUCAGCACUUCCUGCCGCAGCCGCCAGAGGGAGCCAGUCACAAGGGCAGCUCGGAAGGGCGGCCGCCGCCCACAGCCGCCGGGGGGCGAGUGCCUGAGGGGCGGAAGCUGGACCUGGAGAGCUCCCGCAGCUGGGCCUUCCGCCUCACCGAGGGCCGCCCCCUACUCCAGGGCUUCUCUCAGAGGGGCUGUGGUCACCCAGUCGAGCCCAGCUCAGCCCUAUCCUUUGGGAGAUCCCAGGCUUCUCGGGAAACAGUACCCAAGCCCUAA